GUCUGGACAAAAGCCGGGAAGAGGAAAAGCCCUGCCUGGCAGGCCAGAUUCUGGGUUUCUGCCGAGGCCCCCUGAGAAGCCGGAACAGUUGGGCUCCAGCCGGGAUUGCCAAAGUGGACACUGAGUGACUGUGUGCUCCCGGGUCAUCGCCAACGUACCUUCCCCGCAGGAGAUAAGCGGAGUCUGCAAGAUUGAGAGGAGUUGGGGGUGAUUAGAAAUUGUUAAGAGGUUUAUUGAAGUCAAAAUGUCUCAAAAAAUCCAAGGCGGGUCUGUGGUAGAGAUGCAAGGAGAUGAAAUGACACGAAUCAUUUGGGAGUUGAUUAAAGAGAAACUCAUUUUUCCCUACGUGGAACUGGACCUGCACAGCUACGAUUUAGGCAUAGAGAACCGCGAUGCCACCAAUGACCAGGUCACCAAGGACGCUGCGGAAGCUAUAAAGAAGUACAACGUUGGUGUCAAGUGUGCUACCAUCACCCCCGAUGAGAAGAGAGUGGAGGAGUUCAAGUUGAAACAAAUGUGGAAAUCUCCAAAUGGCACCAUCCGAAAUAUCCUGGGUGGCACUGUCUUCAGGGAAGCUAUCAUCUGCAAAAAUAUACCCCGGCUUGUGAGUGGAUGGGUAAAACCCAUCAUCAUAGGUCGUCAUGCUUAUGGGGAUCAAUAUAGAGCAACCGAUUUUGUUGUGCCGGGGCCCGGAAAAGUAGAGAUAUCCUACACACCAAGCGAUGGAUCCCCCAAGACGGUAUACCUAGUACAUAACUUCACAGAGAGCGGUGGUGUUGCCAUGGGGAUGUAUAAUCAAGAUAAAUCAAUCGAAGAUUUUGCACACAGUUCUUUCCAGAUGGCUUUGUCUAAGAAUUGGCCUUUGUACCUGAGCACCAAAAACACUAUUCUGAAGAAAUACGAUGGACGUUUUAAAGACAUCUUUCAGGAGAUAUAUGACAAGCAGUACAGAUCUCAGUUUGAAGCUCAGAAUAUCUGGUAUGAGCACAGGCUCAUUGAUGACAUGGUGGCCCAAGCUAUGAAAUCGGAGGGGGGCUUCAUUUGGGCCUGUAAGAACUAUGAUGGGGACGUGCAGUCAGACUCCGUGGCCCAAGGUUACGGCUCUCUCGGCAUGAUGACCAGUGUGCUGGUUUGUCCAGAUGGCAAGACAGUAGAAGCAGAGGCUGCCCACGGGACCGUAACCCGUCACUACCGAAUGUACCAGAAAGGACAGGAGACAUCCACCAAUCCCAUUGCUUCCAUUUUUGCCUGGACCAGAGGCUUAGCCCACAGAGCUAAGCUUGAUAACAAUAAAGAGCUCGGCUUUUUUGCAAAGGCUUUGGAAGAAGUCUGUAUUGAGACCAUUGAGGCUGGCUUCAUGACCAAGGACUUAGCUGCAUGUAUUAAAGGUUUACCCAACGUGCAACGUUCUGACUACUUGAAUACAUUUGAGUUCAUGGAUAAACUUGGAGAGAACCUGAAGUUAAAACUAGCCCAGGCCAAACUUUAAGGUCAUUUCUUGUCUUUGGAGGAUUUUUUUUUUUCUGGUGACUAGGGUCUACUGGUUUACAUUUUUCUCUAUAACACUCAAGGGUAAAGGCAAAAUCAAUUUUGUAAUUUGUUUAGAAGCCAGAGUUUAUCUUUUCUAUAAGUUUACAGCCUUUUUCUUAUCCAUACAGUUAUGCCACCUUUGUGAACGUGGCCGGGGACUUUUUUUUAAAUUUUAUUUUCUACUAAUAGCCUAGGAAUUAUUUUUAAUGUCCACUUGUACUCACUGUCACUUUUUCUCAUGUGCUGAGAUCAAUGACCAAAAUGAACAGUGCUCAAAAGGAUAAACUAUAGCCAUGGUAUUAUUCCCUGAAAUUGUAUAAAGUAGAGAUUCAUUUCCUUUCUCACUUUCCAUGGCCUGGGGCCCUGGGUCAUUCUAAUGUAACAGAUAUCUCAUUAUUUGCAGUAGAAGUUGUAUGUUAGACUUGCACAUGAUUUGAAAUGAAGAGCAUGGCCAUAACUAAAACAUGUUGAAGACUCAUCUUUGUAAAGAGCUCUAGUUAAAUCUUUUAAAAAUACUAAAUAUUUUUGAGCUCCCUGGAGAAUCCAGAAGAAAUACUACCUGGGGGGGGUUUGUCCUCGGUGUUUGUCUCCUCCUCCUGGCCUUGUGUGGCCUAAGUAUUAUGUGACCUUGAACAGCAUGUUUCAUCCAAGUGCAAUAAUACAAGCUGCACCUUUUUUUGGGGACCUCUGCUGGCCUCUUUUAUUUCCUUAUGUAAAUGUGAUUUUUCAGAAGUUGAUUGUAAACACUAUUCUAGUCCUGUUCUUCAUCUAAACUAUCGAUUUUAAUUAAAAUUUAGUGUUAAUGAA